GGGGAUCUGCACCCUCUCAGGGUCUAAUCUUUAUACUAAUAAACAAUUUAAUAUUUUUUGCAAUUUAUGCAUAGACUGUGCUUUGUUAGAAACUAUUGUUUUGAACAAAAGUAACAAAAAUUUGGUUUCCCUGUACUCUCCAUUCUUCUUUUAAUGUGAUGCUGUCAGCACACUGCAAGAAAGGCAAGGCAAGAGAAUUGUGAGUUAGAGAUGAUUCUUUCCAUGGCCGAGACAAAUCCAGGUAUGUUCAACAUGGUAGCCAAUCAGCCAGAGGUCACCAAGCAACUGGAUAAGAUUGGCAGGUUAAAGGAGCUUCUCAUGAUCAAUGAGGCGGAGCUAAAAAUCAAGCAGAAAGAUCAUUGGCAGAGAUGGGUUAAACAAUACAAGAGACGUCUGGCCCGUGAAUGCGACAAAGGGAGUGACCCUGCUGCAGUAGAGAAAGAACGGGUUAGAUCUAUGAACUCCACUAAUCCUGCUGUUGUGCUGCGGAAUUACAUUGCCCAGAAUGCAAUUGAAGCAGCUGAAAGGGGUGAUUUUUCAGAGGUUCAACAGCUGCUUAAGGUUUUGGAGAACCCUUAUUCAGUCAGCCCGGAUCUGGAGCGUCCAGUAUGGGCAGCAGAAUGUGGGUCAGACCAAGCUGAUGGCAACAGCAUUAAGGGACAGGAAGCUAAGGAGAACACAAAAGGAAAAGCAGCAGCUGAUACUCACCAGAUUCCAUACAACAGUAAACCUCCUGCAUGGGCCAGAACGAUCUGUGUCACAUGAUCAUCCUAAAGCCUCCCAGACAUCAUCACCCAAUCCAAUACAGAAAGAAAGCAAGAGGAAAUGUCAAACAUUCUCUCUUGUAUUUCGCUGUCUUGAAAAGGUAUGUCAGUGUUAAGGGAGGCUGAGCAACACAGUGCUCCUGGUUAUCAGAGAAUGCAGAAAUGGCCAGAUGUCAGUAGGUUCAAUAAAUAAGGCAUACUUUUUCUUAAAUUAAAAAUAAUUUUCAUUACUAUGACAUUAAGAAACAUUGAGAAAUAUUUUUUUUUAUUUCUGCAAUUAUCUGAUUAAUGAAGACUCAGAUGUUCAGCUUAGCAGGCCUGUCUGAGUUUGAAAAACAAGGAGUGUCCUAUGCGCACAUACAAACACACACAAGUAUGCAUGUAUCACUUUUAAUAGAUUGUUCACCAAAUUUACUAGCAUGCUUUUUUGUUAAACACAAAGUAGAAUUUUAACCGAAUGUCCAAGCUGUUAUUUUGCAAAUGGUUGCCUUGACUAUUAGACUAUAAAAGGUCUUCUGAAGUCUGCCAUGCAAUACAUUUUGUAUUUUUUAAUUUUUAAUUAAAAACUGAUAUAUAAAAGCAAACAGAUUUAGCCACAAAUUAGUCAGUUCAGUUGAUUCUGUUUAAACUUUUUUCUUAUUUUCAAUAUUUUCUAUAAUAAAUAUUCUAUUAAUAUCAUGUUUUUUGCCUUUUGUUAUUCACUAUUUUAUUUUAGGCCAUUAUUCACAAGUAGUUGGACUCAGUAUAAACGAACCACAUUACAGAAUGAGUUCUAAAUGUUAUUAUGAUGAUUUUAAGCAUUAACUCCAUCUGAAAACUGUGAUUCUAGUAACAGUAUACAACAGUCUAGCCAUAUAAAGAGUUCUAUAUGUGAAGAAUUUAUUUGCAAAAACGGAUAA